GUCGUGCGGUAGACCUGUUGACGUUUUGUUCGUUCGGCUGCGGCUUACCCACCAGAAUAUAUAAGUACCUACGUACACAACAGGAAUAUUUCAGUUUUAAUUGUCAUGGUUUCCAGUUGCAAUUUGCAUAAUAAUAUGUUUAUUUGGAUCAUAACGUACGGUACGUAUUGAACAUUUUAUUUAAAUGAUAGAUUGAUAGAAAUAUUCAUUGAAAGUACAAAAUAUAAUAUAUUUAUUAUAAUAGGUAAAUAGGGUAAAAUUAUUUGCCUUUUUUAUUAUACGAAUUAUUUUUUUAAUAAUAAUUACCUACCUAUUAAAUAUUAUAACACAUAAUAUUAUGUAGUCAAAUUUGAUAAUUUAUAUAAUAUCUAAUCCUGUAGCUAGGAUAAAAAAAAGUACCUAGCUAUUACUCGUUUAGUACGCACAUUUUUUUUAAAUAAUUUUUUUCUUAUAAUAUAUAUAUAUAUUACUUAUAUGUAUAGUUAUACAUAUAACUGUAUAAGUAUGAUUCCCGAAAUAUUACACAUAAAUUCAAUUAUCUCCUAGUAAGCAUCCUAUUUAGUAAAUAGGUACUAUAAUACCUAGUAAGCAAUAUUGUUCAAGAUAAAGUCACAACACCAUACUAGUAUAAGCAAACGAAGCAUGGAAAUAUUAUUAUUUCAAUACAAAAUUAUUUUUAAUUAAUACUACUUGAUUAUAUUCAUAUUUUAUAGUUAUUAUUUUUUACAAACAUUUUUAUUUCGCUUAUUUGUUUUUAUUUUAUAUACUGAAUUCGUUUUAUUGCAUACAUAUAUAAUAUCGUAUUCGUAUAAUACAUAAAUAAUAAUAUUAUUAUGAAAAUUUGUUACCUACACAAUUUUUAUAAUAUUACCUACCUACCUAUAUACAACAAAAUAGUUCGAAAUGAUAUAUACAUAAGUAAAAGAUUAUAUUAUAUCAAACGUCUGAUGUUUACCUAUACACCCAAUUCAAACUUGCGUUAUCUUUUAUUGUUUAUUGACUGUUGUUUAUGCAUAAAACCAACGAACGAAAAAAUAUUUUUAAAAAUCGGAUAUCCACCACCAUUGUACACUUCCAUACAUUAGACGUAUUACAUUUAUUGAUUAUAAUUUUUUUUUUUUUUUCAGUGUGCUAUAAUUUAUAGUAGGUAGUAAAUUAUUAUUGUAUAAAAUAUAAUACAGUAUAUAUUCUACUGUGAAAUGUUUAAAAGGUUUUUUAGUUUUAUUAUAAAUUAUAAUUUUAAUUUUAAUUAAUAUUUUGCCAACCAAUAAUUAUAUCUACGUAAAUACGUAGGUGGUAUAAUAUGUUUGAAGUUCAGAGUACCUACCUAAUCAAAUUUAAAUGGUACAGUUUAUAUAAUGGUAACCUUUUUUCGUACGAUUACUUUCAAUUUUUAACGUAUUCCCGAAAAACUAAAGGAGUAUUUGCUAAAAACGAAUACUCCUGGACGCCCAUGGUUAUAUUAAUGCGUAAUUGAUAUAAAUAUAAUACAAAAUUUGAAAAAGGUCUCUUAUAUACAAAGUUUUAAUUAAAAAAUUAAGUUGCCUAUAUUGAUUUUUUUUUACCAAAGCACAACUAUGAGUAAUAAACUCACACGGUGAUGUAGAACAUCUUGGUAAUCAUUUUUAUGACUGUUUUUUUUUUCGUACACGAAAAGAUAAAAAUAAAAUAUUUUAAACUGUAUUAUAAUCAAAGUUUAUACAUUUUUAUAAGAAAUUCAUAUGAUAUAUAUAUUAUAGGGCUAAUAUUGAAAAUUGAAUAAUGUCAAUAUUAUCUGGAUAUUUUGCCAUUUGGCAAAUGUCGUUAUACAUUCUGUCAAUAUCUUAAAUAAUAUUAAAAUAUUAUAAAGUCUUCAUAUUAAAGUUAUAACAUUAGCCAAUGCGUUCUAGAUAAUUCCAUAAAACUAUUGUAUUAGUGGCUAUUUGCACAACUUUUAAUAAUAUGAAUAAUAUUUGAUAAUUAUUAAUAAAUAUAAAUAAAAAAUAUAAUUUUAUUUUUAUUUUUUAUAUUUUCAAAUUUGUAUUAUUAUAAUUAUGUAUUUUUACAGGGCAUACUUCUUUAGAACUUUGAAUUGACACGGCAUAAUAUACGAUUAAAUUAUCUAAUUGUAUUAUUAUAUCAAAUUAUAAAACGAUCUAAUAUUCUUAUAAUAUCUAGGCAAAUAACAAAAGUACAUAUACACAGAAUGUUUAAAAAAACUUUUAUAAUUGUUAAGUUCAAAAUUAUCCACAAUCGACUUGCUAAUGUUAACAUUAGCCGAAUAAUGCAGUUAUAAAAUAAAAAUUAAAAAUUUUCCAAAAUGCACAGCUAAUAUUAACACUAUCCAAUUUUCAACAAUAGCCGUAACUUAUAAAUAAUAGAUAAAUAAUAUUACAAAUAAUAAAAUAUUGUAAAAAAAACUAAAUUAGGUAAUUAGACCCCGAUCAUUAUACAUAAACAGUCAAUUUGAUUAGCUAUUAUAACUAUCCCACACUACUUUGCCCAUGCAUAGUGUCAAACAAAAUAAAUAAAAACACAUUACUUGUUUUUUUUUUUUUAAUUUCAUCUGUGUCACUUAGGUAACCAAAAAAAAAAAAACAAAAUUCAAUUCUGUGCCAAAAAUACCAAAAUCUUGUAUAAGCCAUCCUUUAAAGGGUUGAAUUUUGAAAACCCUGCUUCGAGGUGCACACAAACCUGUUCAUCCACUUCUGUAUUUACAGAUCCCUGCAUGCGAUAGAUUAGGCUAUAGAUCGUUAACUGAAAGACGAACAAAUACUUCCUUUUAAAUAUAAAUUAUACCGAUCGAUUUAUAUAGUUUUUAGAUUAUUUUUUUUUAUUUUACGAACAGAUAUGAGCUGGGUCGCAUUAAGAAAAUGAGAAUUCAGUGUUAGUUCCGUGCAAAGAAAACCUUUUAUAGUAUAAACUUCAUUGGUUUGAUAUUUUCAAGGUUCAAAAAGAAAUAGAUAAAAUGUAUAAAGAUAAAAAAACUUACUCGUAAUAUUUAUACAUAAUAUAAAAAUAUACAAAAUCGAAAUUCCUUUGAAUAACCAAAGGUACCUGUUAUUCUGACCUUUCCCUUCUGUAAAAUAUUAUAUGUUGAAUAUUUUUUCAGCACGUUUAUAAUUAGGUGCUGUUAAUAAUUUUAUGUGUUUUUGACAUGUCCAGGUGUAAUAAUUCACGGUAGUUUCCUAGUAAUGGCUAUUGACUCGGAUUCUAUGUCAUCACAGGUCAGUACGAACAAACAGUAUUCAUAUUAAUUUUAAUCGAAUUAGUAUAGUGUGUAGACAUAAUAACUUUAUGUACAAUUAUUUUAUUAUUAAAAAUUUGAAUUAUUUCUAUUGUUAAACAUUAUUUUUAUAAGAGCAUUAUGAAUUUUUUAAUAGGAUAAUUAAUUAAUUUUAAUAAUAGAUGUAUAGUAAUAUAACAUACAUGUUUAACUUUUCCCUUGCAGAUUACAAUAAUACUUAAAAUAUCCUACUCUUAAUAAAUUGAAGUAAAAAAAAAAAAAGAGAAGGGAUGAAGGGAGAAAUAAUAUUAUGAUAUAAAUAGCAAUAAUAAAACAAACGGGAUGUUUUACUUUGAUACCUAUAUUAAUUCUGGUAUUUGAAUCACUACCAUCCUCUUGCUGUUCGGAGGACUACGGAGUCGUGAGUCCGAGAAUAAUGAUAAAUAUAUAAAUAUAUCAUAUUAAUUAUAAAACUAGGUUUUAAUCAAACGGUUCUUAUUGUGAAUUCAGAGGGGACAGUAUUUUAAUUAAUUCUGAAAUCUAUAAAUAACCCAUAAAUGAGUCGUACAAGGGUGUUUCUAAUAUAAUAAAAAUAAAUUAUACGCGGUCACUAAUAAGUAAGGUUUUUCAGAAAUCAGACUCUUUAUGGAAUUACAAACUAAUGGUGAUAAACAGGUGAGACCAUUUUCCACCAAAAAAAGGACUUUCGCCCCGAAAAUUUCUUAAGCCUAAAAUCAUGUAUAUUUUCAUCCGAAUAUCAAAGUCAAUUUAAACUGAUUACACAUUGCUGUAAUACACAAUGCGAUUCGAACAUCAGUUUAGGAAAAUGGACGGAAAAAAUGGGUAUUUUAUUUUUAGUGGAAAUUGGCUACGGCCAGGUAAACAAUGGUUUAAUUUCGCUAAUAACGAGAAAUAUUAUUACGCGUAGGUAGAACGAUUUUUUUUUUUAUUAACCUAUUUUUUUGUUAAAACUUUUUAAAUAAUAUAUUGUUACGUUGCUACACCUAACAAAUUUAAUUAAUUAUUAUGACGGAAAUAAAAUGGUUAGAUUGCCGUACGAAAUAAAUUGUAUACCUACCUAUUAAAUUAAUAUAUUUAAAUUAUUAUUAAACCAAAAUGAAUUAACUAUUUUCCUAUUUAAAAAAUGAAACAUUAAUUAAAUUGUAUACCCUAAAUGAUGGAAUAAAAAUUGAAUAUUUCCACUUUUGAUAACGAUUGUUUAGUAGAAUUAUUAUUUUAUUAUUGCUUAUUUAUUUUUAACUAUUUCUAUACUAGAUUUAUUCAAACACAACGUACAAAGUGUAUAGAGGUUCUCAACAUUACGCUCGAAUUGCAGAACCUAUAACGGGAGUUAUGAACUUAUCAGAAUUUGAAUUUAAACCAACUUCGAAAAUAUUCGGCAUAACAAAGGAUGGUGGCAUAGUAUACGUCAAAAAUUGUAAAGAAUUGAAAAAGUCUACUCAAACAAAUUUCCAGUAAGUUUCUAAAUAUUAAUAAAAAAAAAAUUAUUUGCUCAUUAUGAAAUUAAAGUAAGUUUUUAAGUUCCCAUAAAUUAAAACCAUUCGCGCCCCUAUUGGCUUAAUAAGAAAUAAAAGUGGGAAAUUAAAUAAUAUUUAUAUAAUUAAUUUCAAUAUUUAAAAAUGUACACUUUAUUCAGCAAUAUACACGUUGUUGGCAGUAACAUAAUAGAUAGGUACCUAUUUUUAUAAAAAUUUGAACUUUAACGUUUUUAAAUAAUAAAUCAUGAAUACAGAUUUUCGAAACUUAUAUGAUGACACAAGAAGAACUUAUGAUGAACCUUGUAUUAAAUUUCCGAACAUUUUUAAAAAGCUUAGCAUAUAAUUGUAUUGACAUAAGAUCAAAUAAAAACUAAAGAAACUCGACAAUUUCAUGUAACCAUAAAUACCUAUCUUAAAAGUCUCCAGAUUGUUUUCAGAAUUGUACCAUAAUCAGAAAGGGCUAAUUGAGUAUUUUAUAACGAUUUUAAAUAUCUGCAAUUAUUUUAAACUGAAUUACGAAAAAAAAAAAAAAUCUAAAAUAACACAAACGUUAGAAGCGCAUUUAUAUGUAACCCGUCACAGAUUAUUAUGUUAUCAGUUAAAGUUAAUAAAUGCAAAUACUAUUGAGUAUAGUAUUCGGUAAAAACAUACACAGGUUGGUAAUGGAGAGGACACGGGCCCCUAGCACCCUUCUUCCCCAUAAAUAAGCCACUGAAAGGGUAUUUCACUUCUAAUGUUUAUUUGUAUUAUUAUUAUUUUCUUUUAAAACUAAAUACCUACCUGACUACAUUUUUUAUAGACAGUACAUAUGGUACAUAGAUGCGAAUCAAAAAAAUGGAGUCUUAAUCAAGAAAUCAGUAAUAUUAAAUAUUGAAAUGAUGUCGGAUAAAAUGCAGCUAGAUUGUAAUGAAGUAUCACAUUGUUCUAAUUUACAACUAGACACUAAAUUUGAAUGUAUAUCGUCAUGUGGAAUUGGGUAAGUCCCUACCUAGUGAGUAUAACACAAUAAUCAACAGCCGUUUUUAUAAUCAACCAAGUCUCUAAUACACACAAUCUAAGAUACGAUAUUUCUGAUGUUAUACCUAUUAGCAGCUAGGUUAGGUAUAGUUUAAUAUUUUUUAACUAAUUAAUAAUAAUUAUACAUUCAUCGAUUGUGAAUCUAAACUGGUUUCUUUAUGUUUCGUUACAAACAUAAAUAAUGAAGUUUUUUUACGAACCACCAGUCACCAGUCACCCAUUAAUUUAAUCGUUUUUAUUGUUUAAAUUAUAUUAUUAUACUUAACACAUACUUAACACAUCAUAAUAUUAUUUUGCUCAACCUUGACCAACACAACACUAUUCUUUUGAUUCAUAAAUAGGUACCUACCUUAAAUACAAAAACGGUUAUUUUUAUAGUAAAACUUUUGUAUAGAUCCAAUUAUAAAUGUCAAUGGCGAGAAUCACCAUCACCAGAAAUGUUCACUACAAAUUAUUCUACUUGUACUCCCGACAUCAAUUCCUGCCCAAACGGAUAUUGUGACAGUCUAGAAAAGAUGAAUUAUUUAAUUUGUCCGCAAGACUGUGCCGGUAAUUAAAUAACUACGCCCAACAUAACAUAAUUUAAUAAAACUACCAAUUGCCUGUGUUUUUAUUUGUCUAAACUUAAUUUUUAUUAUUACAGAUAAAGAUGAAAUAUUCGGAACUGGUACAGGCGGUAAAAAAGCUGGAAUUUUGAGAGCUACAGGUGUAUGUACAUGUGACGAAUUUGGAAAGUGUACAUGUGAAAAAAAAGUCAUAAGGCCAAAAACCACAAAUCUACCAAAUAAAAUAAUCAAAUCCACAACCCCGACAUUAGGUAUGAUAUACUGAACAAAACUAUAAUGAUAACAUAAUAAUAUCAUUAUAAUUUUUUAUUUGGUGACAAGGCAAACAAGAAGAUACAUCGGUAUGUGAUGGAUACUGGUGUGACCACAAUGUUAAUAUGAGUAUAGCAAUUGUUAUUUUAUUCGUGAAAAUUGGAAUCCUUAUGAUUUAUUGCAGAAAUAAGUGAAUUAGAAUUUGAUUAUAAAUAUACGAAUUGUAUUUAAACAAAUAUGUAUAUUUAUUUCAGGAUUUUAAAGAGUAGCAAAAAAAACAAAAACGUCAGAAAACCCGAGGAAUUGUUACCUAUGCGUGAUCAACAUGGACAUCAUCCAAACCCAGUAUCUAACUCAAAUACUUUUAUUACUGUAAUUUAUAAAAUAAUCAUAAUAAUCGUUACACUGCUAUUAUGAUAAAUUAUUCCACAGGACUUUGACCAAAAAUGGGAAUUUCCGAGGGAAAAUCUUGUUCUGAAACAAGAAAUUGGCGAAGGAGAAUUCGGUAAAGUUCUAAAAGCUCACGCUACGGACAUUCACAAUAUAAAAGGUAUAUUAAAAAAAUAAAUAAUAAUAAUAAAUAUAACGUAGAUAGGUAUAUAAAUAGUAUAGCUAAAUAAGAAAUAAAAAGCUAAGGUAACUUAAAACUCAACAAAACAAAAAAUAUAUAUCGACAUUUGUUGUUAGUUAUUUUUUUAAUUGUUUAGAAAAACUGUUUAGAAUCUAGAAAUUUUUUUUCAAAUAAAUAGUACCAUCGGCCAAAAAUUCUGCAUUUUAUGAGGUACUCAGUGAAACAAAUGGAGCAGUUCCCUAACCAAAUUUUUAAAAAAAAAAAGCUGUCGACGAGGGCGAGUGCAGCCACUGUUAUAGGUGGAAAGUUGGGAAUUUAGGAUACAGAAGGGAAUUUAAUGUACAUAAUAUGUAAACAACGAUAAACCAUUGGUAACGAAAAAACGAUUCUGAGCGAAAUUCAGUAAUGCUUUAUCAACAAUAAAUGCGUCAUAUUAUGGUAAUAUAAUUAAAUAGGUAUUAUAUAUUUUCUUUAAUAAUAUUUGUUUAAUAUUUUACCGAUUUUCCAUUUUCCUGGUUUUCCCUCAUUUUCCCCUGGUUUUUCACAUUUUCUGGGAAAACUCUUGGGAAAACCGAAAAAUGACCUCUUUUAAGUACCUCCCUGAUCUGAUUUCCUUUCAGAAAAGGUGCUACACUUAAAAAUCGGAGCAAGAUCUCUAGUAAAAAAGUUGUCCAUAGAAAAAAAAAAUAUCUUUAAAAAUAUAAGCUUCUUCGGUCUACUCAGAAUCUGAAAUUUAGUAUACGUAUACAUUUUAAUGAAAAUCUUAAAAAUCACUGCAUUUCGUGUACCUGCUAUUUUCUGAUUUAUAUGGAUAAAACUUUUUUGGCUCAAUAAAAAUAGUGAACAAUUUGAGGCAGAAAACACAGACAGUUGUUAUUCAUUUUUUAGUUUCAAAUAAAUAGGUAAAAAUUUAAAUUUAAAUUUAUCAAAACUAUUUCAUCAACUUAGUUCAGAAUCGUUCUUCGUUUGCAAUGAUUUAUCAGUGCGUACAAAUAUAAACUACUAUUUCUACUUUAUUUAAUAAAUUAAAUUUACUUAAUAUAUUUUUUAUUUAAUAUGUACGCAUGUAGUAUAUUAUGUAAAUAUAUGAAUGAAUAAAAAAACAAUAAUUAAACACAUUACGACAGAACAUUACUAGUCGAAAGUCACGUUCUUGUUGGAGCAAUGUGGUAUUUGAGAUGGCUUUUGAACAUGAUAAUAUAUUUGAUGUAUGAACACAAUCGUUGUAUUUAAUAAUAAAAGAAAGCUACGACGGUGUCUAUUACAUGCCGCCAUCGGACUAUAUUAUACCAUCCUGCUAUAUUAUAAUAUUGCAUACUCAAAUUUUCUUCUCUCCUUUUAAUGGGACGAUUCAAUAGAAUGGGUCACAUUCCAAAAUGAUUUUACGACUUUGUGUGUUUAUUAAAAAUAUUUGAAAUGUAUUCUACCCACAUAUUAUAAUAUUAUUUCCUUUUUAUAUAUGUUACAGGCGAAUCGAUAGUCGCAGUCAAAACCGUAAAAAACAAUGCGGGUACAACUGAAAAGAAUGAUUUAUUAUCAGAAUAUAACUUGUUAAAAGACGUCAAUCAUCCUAAUGUAGUUAAGCUACUUGGAGCUUGUACCACUCAAGACGGUCCGUUUUACCUUAUUAUCGAAUAUGCCAAAUAUGGUUCACUUAGGUAUGACUGUUGAAGAAUAAAAUAAUAUUGUGUAUUUAAAUUCACUAUGAAAAAUUUUAAUUAUUAUUAUUAUUAUUAUUAUAGAUCUUACCUCCGCAAGAGUCGAAUUCAAGAUGUCAAUUCAAAUGGUUUAGUCACGGGAAAUUUCAAUAGAAUCGAGACUAGAACGCCUAUAAUGCUUCCACUUUACCCUAUCAGUCCAAAAGAUAUUUUGAAAUUCGCUUGGCAAAUAUCUAAGGGAAUGUCUUAUCUCGCAGAACUGAAAGUAAAUAGUAGUCACUAAUAUAAAAAAAAAAAAAAAAAAAGAUUACUAAUAUUUAUUAAUACCGGCAAUAUUUAGUUAGUGCAUAGAGAUCUAGCGGCAAGAAAUGUAUUAUUGACCGAAGAUAAAAUGUGUAAAAUAUCCGAUUUUGGCUUGACCCGAGAUGUCUACGAAGACAAUACUUAUUUAAAGAAAACUAAAGGAAGAGGUUUGGACUUUGUUUCUUCUAAUAAUACAAUUAUCAAAUUUAAAAUGUAUAAAUCAUUAUCAACUACAAUAUGUAUUAUAGUUCCGGUCAAAUGGAUGGCACCCGAAUCAUUAGCAGAUCACAUAUACACAAGCAGAUCGGAUGUUUGGAGUUUUGGAAUUUUACUAUGGGAGUUAGUCACUUUAGGAGCAGUUCCGUAUCCUGGGAUAGCUGUACAAGAUUUGUUUAAAUUGUUAAAGGAAGGAUACCGAAUGGCUAAACCAGAACAUUGUUCGCAUGAAUUGUAAGUAUAAAAUUCAUGAAAAUAUCCUUAUACUCGUAUAUCGAUAUAAUUUUGUAAAAUACAAGCAAAAAAAAAACAUAAUUUCAUAAACUUGUAUUGACAUUCUAUAAUGUAUAAUAUUAUAUAUUAAAUUAAUAUUUUAUUACAAUAAAUUCAAGAGAAUUUAAAUAACAAUCGUCAAGUAUGUAGUUGAUUUUUUGAUUUUUAAUUAACUGUAUUAUUUAAAAAAAAAACUAUCUACUAUUAUUUUAUAAAAAUGUUUUACAACAGAGGUUCCCAAACUGUGGGUCGCGAUUAUAUUUUUGGUGUGUCGCGUUAUAUUUUUAAAUAUUACAUUUUUUAAACAUCUAUUACUUUAUAUUACGUUAUUGUUCAAAUUCAGUUUUAUCGUCAAUCGUUAUCUGUGAGUGUGACGAUUACGAGUUUACAGCGACCGAGUCAAAACGACGCAAUUAGAUUAAUAGUUAUUGAAAAGAUAAUGAUUUAUCAGAACACACAAAUUAGUAGGUAUCUGCACGACGUUCAAAACUUUUGAUUAUUUUUCAGUUACACGCGGUACAUUGAAUACGAUACAUGUACGCAGUUGUAUAUUUAAUAUUAUUUUUUCUCAAAUAAAUUCGUUUUCUUUAUAAUUUUGUACAACUAUGGACAAAUGGUUAAACAAAUAGUCAAUGACUCAAAGUUAAGAAAAAACAGAAACAAUAUCUGCGUCAAUAGUUAAAAAAAGAAAAUUUAAUUACGAUGAGCCUUCAACAAGUUCUUCUGAGUCGAAACAAAAAAAUUCUUUAAGAAAAUAUUGUUCUGAAUAUUUGCGAAUUGGACUACAUCGACAUAUAGAUACGAACCAUCCAGAAAUGAAGAAUAAACCACUCGAUUUUUAUUGAAGAAAACUAGAAUCUCUAAAAACACCAAAAAAUAUUUUUACUUUUACUGCAAUUAACCAAAAAGCUACGUACGCCUCAUAUAAAAUAAGUUUACUUAUAAAUUGCUCAAACUGGUAAGCCUCACACAAUUGGUGAGUCUUUAAUUUUACCACCAAUAAAAGACGCAGUCGGGAUCAUGUUUGAUCAAAAAAGUUUAAAAGAAGUUGAAAAAUUAUCGCUUUCAAAUAAUACAGUUCCACGUAGAAUCGACGAAAUUUCUGAAUGGGUAGAAUAUAAACUGAUCGAAAGAGUUAAUUUGAGUACAUGGUUCUCAUUACAACUAGACGAGUCCACAGAUAUACAAGGCUUAUCUCAGAUAAUUGUUUUUGUACGGUACAUAUAGAUGAAUCGAGGUAAUAAAUGUCAGCAAAAAAAAGGUCAUUCAUUGAUAUUGUGGGUCGCCAAAUUUUAAAAAUUUCCCAAAAUGGGUCGUACAAUAAAAAGUUUGGGAACCUCUGUUUUACAACAAACAGCAAAUAUUAUGAUAGGUAACUAGGUAAAAUAUCCGAGCACCUAGCUAAUAAAUCGACACGUGAAUUACUUAUUAAUUAAAUAAUAAAAUAUUGACAAUAUAAAACAAUUAACUAUGUGGGUUAUAAAGAAUGAUAUAAAGUAUAGAAGUUUAAACUAUAAUAUGUAAGGAAAUUACCUACCUAGUGAAAAAAAAAAAAAACAGAAAAUCAUUUAGUAUUAUUUUCAUAUAUAUACAAAUUUUAAUAUUUUCGAUAAUUUACACUAUUAGAUUCUAAGUGGAGCAAAGAAUGUAUUGGUUUUACAAUGGUGUUUAUUUUUUUUUUUUCUGUGAACAACUUUUCUACCAGCAAUUUUGCUCGGAUUUACAAUGAUAGCACUAUUUCUACAAAGAAAUCUGACUGGGGAGGUACUUUAAGCCGGUUGUUUUUUUGAUUUUCCCAGGAGUUUCCCAAUAAAUGGGAAAACCGGGUACAAUUAUAUUAAAUAAAUAUUAUUAAAGAAAAUCUUUAAGGCAUAUAUAAUUAUUUUACCAUAUAUUAUUGUUACUAACCUCGUAGUAAGUAGGUAACUAACCUAACCUAACCUAACCUAACCUAACUCGUAUAUUAUUGACAAAGCAACACUAUUAACCGAACAGAAUCGUUUUUCCUUAAUAAUGAUUAAUCUUUGCGUACAGACUACAGAUAGAUUAAAUUUUCCCUCUACCUUUACAACUUUUCACCUACAACAGUGCCCCACCUACGUGCGAAAUAUAUUCGAUAUUCAAUAUUAAAUUCUAAAAUCAAGGAAUUUACAGUUUGUAAAAUUAUAAUAUUGCACAUACACUAAAUUUCUGAGGGAGUGAGAAACCCAUUUUGUAUUUCUGAGGUUAUAUUCAAGUAUAUUAUUAUAUUAAUUAUGGUUAUCAGGUACACAGGACUGCAUUUAAGAAUUUUGUGACCGUUGCAAAUUAAAUCUUCCAUCCUUCUAAGGACGUAUUUCUAGAAGGUUAAUGGAGAAAUUCAUCGCCUCCCAUGAUUCAUGGCCAUACAGUUUGCUUUAAAAAUGUGUAUUUUAAACAGUAGGAGAAAACUAUUAAAUAUAAAAUAUGACUUAGCCCCCCCCCAACCACUUCUCUGUAGCCACCCCUGUACCUUUAUAUAUUUUGUAAUUUAUUUUCGGAAUUAUGCAUACUUAAGUCAAUAAGUAGCUAAGUAAUCACAGAACAGUAACAUAAACAUUUUAAUAUUACAACAAGUUUAAAUAUUUAUUUUUUAUUAGUUGUAAGUAAAAAAAAUCUAAUACCUAAUCGCGUAUUGAUUUUGUGGAUCAUUUUUGCAGAUACGAUAUCAUGGUAGCCUGUUGGGCAGACGAUCAACACAGAAGACCCAAUUUUAAAUCGCUAACGACAUCUCUGGAAAAAAUGUUGGAAAAAGGAAACGAUUACUUACAAUUGGAUUUCAAACAGUUUGUUAACAAUAUGUGUUACUUAAUGGAUGGUAUAUAAUCAUAUUAGUAUACAAUUAUUUAAUAUCUAUAAUUUAUACCUACCUAAACAAAUAUAUAGGCGCCAUGCACUUUGCGCCCGUGCGUUUUGCGCCCAUUACCUUUUUUAUGCUAUUUCCGCCCAUUAUCGAAAUAUUUACCUGCUGAAAUUAUAUAAAGCGGACUAUUCACUCAAAAUUUAAAAUUAUAUAAAAUUAAUAUUAUAUAAUAUAAUCGUAUAAAAUUGUCAAAUUAUAGUUUUGGUUCAGAUUUCUGAACAAAUGAUAGGUAACUGAUAAGUAUAAUAGUUUUACAAUUAUAUUUCACGUAAUUAUAUACGUAUGAAUUUUCCACCAUAAUUAUAUAAUAUAAACUACAAAUCGAUAUAGCCUUCGGAUAACCAAUAGCUACAUUAUUAUUAUCGAUCAAAUGUUCACUGUUAAGGUACGGUUUUUAUAUGCGAUUGGCCGCAACGGCUGAAUUCAACGACUAGUCGUAAUGUCCAGAAGCUGCGUACCGGUUGGUUACCAAUAUGCGACUACACUUUGCGAUUGGCGUAUAUUAUACGCCAAUUUAACUUAAGAUUUAGUAGCGUGCAAACAUGAUUAUGAUUAUUUUAUUUUAAUAAUAUUACUGUAACGUAAUUAUUAAAAUUAUUAUUAAUAAUAAUAAAGUAAUUAGACUUCUAAUAGAGAAAGAAAAAGAAGAAGACUCCCUCGACUAAAAUUUCUCCCUCAUUUGGCAAAAAUAUUGAUUGAAUAGUUUUCGACAUGAUUAGUAUUGUUUAUUAUUUAAUAAUUAUAAUUAUUUAAUAUAUAAAUUCAUUAAUUUUGUCAUAAAUCACCAAAAAAAAUAAAAAAAUAACCUACAAAUCAAAUUUGUCAUGCUACUUUGAUUGAAAAUACGAAUAGACACAUACAACUCAUAAACAACACUGCUAUCGGAUCAGUUUUCGACGCGCACACGUCGAUCGCACAUUGGAAACUACGUUUGUAGAUUAAACAUGGAUCAGUAAUUUGCAACUAGUUGCGUUCAGUCCUUGCGGCCAGUCACACAUAGGACCUUUAGUAGUUUUUGACUUUUAUUGUGUUACGUUCGGAUUUUCAAAUAUACAAGGAAACGGUAGACAAUAAUAAUUUGACAGAUGUGUACUAUUAUAUUAUUAUAUUAUAUUAAUUUUACAUUACAAAAUUUUAAAUUUUGAGCGAUUAAUAGUCCGUCUAAUAUAAUUUCGACAACGGGCGCAAAACGCAGGGCGUAAAGUGCACGCCACCAAUAUAUUAAUAUUGAUACCUAUUAAUAUUGUUUUUUUAGAUUAUGAAGUACUAGAUCAAAAUCAAACUAAAGCCAAAGGUACUGCUACAGAGGAACAAGUAACAUACGAAAUUCCGAAAUCAUUUAACGAAUUGGGAACGACAUAUGUAAUGAUGAAAGAUUUUACAUUUGAUCCAAAUCAACAACUGCAAGUACAAGCUGUGUGAAAUUGUUAAGGAUUAUGACUUAUACUUUAUGUCGAACUUGUUAUCCAGAUACUAGUCAAUAUGAAUACACGUAUACAUAAUAUGUAUAUAUGUUACAGUUAAAACCCGAAAUCCGUCAAAACUAGUUUCCAAAAAUUCUACAAAUCAAUUCUAGUUUUGACUAAUUAAAACUAGAAUUAACUACAGAUUUAAAUAAGUCAGUCAAAACUAGUUUUUACUGAAACGCACGUAUUCUAACCGGCACUACCUAAAACGCACGCAAUUGUAUGAGAUCUAUAAAUAUUACUCCGUAAAUUCGACUGGCCGACUAUCAAAUCAAUUAAGAUAACUUUAACCAGUGAUUAGAUAGAUGUCUAAUCACUUUUAGAUAUGAUAACUUCCACCGAUUAUAACUUAUAGUUAAUAAUUCGGCUGCUGUAGUUUUUGUUCCCGUGUUAUCAGUUCGUUUGUCUUCGUUAUAGACGUUAUACCUACUUGUGUGUUUGUCUCGCACUAGUUUUGACUAUCAAAAUAAAAACUACCGAUUUUCACUAGAUAAUUCUAGUUUUCACCAAUAUAUUUCAGAUACAACUAGUUCUAACUGAGCAAAUAUAAGUUAAAUCUAGUUUUACCGACGAAGGCCUUAGUUAAUUCUAGUUAUAAUUAGUCAAAACUAGAAUUGACUAAAGGGAUUUUUGGAAACUAGUUUUGACGGAUUUCGGGUUUUAACUGUAACAUAUAUAUAUAUAUAUACAUAUAUUAUUUACCAAUACUCAUAAAUAUAACUUCAGUGGUGGGUAUACUUAAAAAUAAAGGUCUAGCGAAACAUAAAAACUACCAAACCACCCACUAAGAACGUAUAGCUUAAACCCCCUUCCACACAGAAAAUAGGUAUGUAAUAGUAAUACCUACAUUUAAUUUAAAAAAAAGUUAAAAUACCAUUUUUCCAAAUAUUUUGUUAAUGUAAUACCUACUUUUUUUAGAAAAUAUUUAGGUACAUCAUAUUAUUGUAAUGUUAAAUUUCAAUGUCACGUUUGCAGAAGAUCAUACAAUUCUCUAAUCUUUCUUCAAACAUUAUUGUUAUUCUGAGCCUUGUUUUAAUAAGUUUUUUCAUUUUGAAAAUGCUAAUACCAUCUAUCUGUAUAAUCGCUUGUCACAAUUUAAGCUAAUAAUGCAAUCAGUAAACUCGUAUUUAAUAUUGGGAAAUCGCAACACAACUAGUCAUUAUAAAAAUUAUUUUAUUUAUUAUUAUAAUUGUUAAUUUGUUUUUAUUUAAUUCGGUAAAGUUACACAAAUUUAACUAUACAUUUGUGUAGAAGUUAUGAAGAGGAACCCCUCCUUUGAAGGUAUUGCUUGACCAAGAUCUUGACUAUAGAAUAGCACCCACUCAAUAAUCUUAUACUACACUUAAUUCAGAACAAUUGUACUAUUAAAUAUUGCUUAAAAUUAUGAACUUAAAGUAAAACUAUAUAGAAUAUAAUGUUUAAAAUAUUUAUAUUUUUAAAAUAAUUGUGUAUUAGGUAGGUACUUUUUAAUUAUUAAAGUUCCUACUUGUUAUUAUACAUAUCUAACAUCUCUAUUCGGCCAAUUUAUGUGAAUACAGUGGCCAGCACUAAUUAAUUCUAUAUUAACUUCUAAUUUCUAAAAUUAUUUUUCAAUAUUUUACUAAAAUAUCAACAGGUGUAAGCCUAAGAAUUUAAUUGGAUAUUGCAUUUAAACUCAUUAAAACUAUAUUUCAUUGAAUAAAAAAAUUUUAUUCGACGAAAUAGAUAUUUUAUAAUAGAUGUUAAGUAAACUGGUACCAUCUACUACCUAUUUUUGUAUAAUUAUGAAGUAAUGUAGAUGAAUAUACAUAUUUUACCAUAAUAUUAGCUAUAACAAACGCCAAACCUUUCAGUAUGCGCUUUACGUAUUUCCUUCACCUUGUGUUCUACCUUUUAUGUUAUUCACAAUUUAGUGAAGAGACAAGUGCGGGGGUGUCGCAAUCAUAAACCUUAUAAGAUCUAUGGUUGCAAUGCAAGUCAAUUAGUAUUAACAACUGUUAAUUUUCAAGCUAAAUAAUCAGCA